ACGAUGAGCUUCACCUGCUUUUUUUUUUUUCUUCCCUUCAUAUCUCUCUUUCUUUAUUUCUUUACCAACAUCACUUUCCGCGACUCUCCAACAAAUAUAUAUAUUGAGCCAAACGUUGAACCUUUUGUCUUUCCUCUCUGAUCCCAACAAUCUUCGCCGAUUUCAUCAUUAUUUCCCUGUCUUUAGUUUAAGAAUUCAAUUCCAUUUCCUCAUCGGUCUUCUGGUCAAUGUAGUUAGUAGAUCCUUUUCUUCAUUCUAGCUUUUCUGAUUGGGAUUGCGGGGUUUUGGUUUCAAAAUAUGUAGUUGGAGAGUGUGGACUUUGUUUUAGAAAUCAAAAUCCUAUCCUCAUUGUUUGGGGAUAUAUAGACUUCUUCCAUUUUUUUGGUCUUCUAGGUAUUUUUAUUUAUUUAUUUAUUUUUCAGUUUGGUGCUGAUUUAAUGCUUAUUUUGUGAUUUUUUUGGGUCUUCUUCCCCUCCGGAUUACUAAAGAAAGCAAGAAAUUUAUUUAUUUCUUUGAAAUUUGGAGGCCCGUGAACUUGGAGGUCAAUGUUUGGUGGGUAUUGGGUUAAUUGUACAAAUAAAUGCUGGGUUGGUCACAAAUCUGAGCACUUUUGAGCUUCUGGGUGGGCGUGUGUCGAAGGGAAUUUGAUAAUGGAGCAUGUGAUUGCUGGGAAGUUUAAGCUAGGGAGAAAGAUUGGAAGUGGGUCCUUUGGGGAGCUCUAUCUAGCCAUUAAUGUGCAAACUGGAGAGGAGGUGGCUGUUAAGCUGGUAUGUGAUAUAUGUUCUUGGAUAGGAGUAUUGGAUCAUGAUGCUUGGUUGGGAUUAUUUGCUUGUUUAGUUUUAGCAAUGAUAUUUAAGGAACCUGUAAAGACCAAUCAUCAAUAACCUGUUACGGAAGGAGAAAGAUCUUGAGAAAAUAGUCAAGCUUCUCGAAAAGAGGGAGAUUGACCUCGUAAGAUAGUGGAUCAGCUCGAGAAGGAGUUGGGGCGUCACGCACAAGAAGCUGAAAUAAGGCAUUUACAACGAAUGUAUUGGGGUUUUGCAUUAGUAGUAUUGUGUUUUUGCAUUGGACUUUGGCUCUUGUAUUGAACAAAAGACUUGAUGUAUGAAUUUUUGUACAUCCUUGAUCAUGAAGGAAAUGACAUGAUUAUAUAUAUAUAUAUAUAUAUAUUUAUAUAUAUUUGUUAGAUUUCA